AUGAGAUUAGAUGGCGAUAAGAUAAAGCCGUUCGGCCAAGCCAGAUCAGAUCCGAAAGUUGGAACUUCGUCUCCAUCUGGGGAUGGCACUCUGAACAAGCAUUGUCGACAGCCGAUGACGAUGGCGCUCCCACAGCAUGAGCCCGCGCCAUUCGCGCCUCAGUCUUCCUUGAGUUUCACCCAAGGAUUUGUUCUCGGACAGCUCUCAAUAAUACUUUUGAUUGGUGCCUUUAUCAAGUUCUUCAUUUUCGGCGAGGCACCACCCCCUCCGUCCCGGGGUAUGUCAAACCGCACAACCCACCGCCGUUAUAGCUCCGUCUAUAACCCCCCACAAGAAGGCCAGAAAUCACUCCGAGAAAAACCAUCGACCUCCAAUGUUCUUCGUCCAGUACCUGCUACUUCUACGAACACCCGCUCUAUCCUCCGCAAGACCUACUAUAGUGCCAUUCCGACCAAUCCCACCAGCAAACAUGGUAGACACCGCAUGCACCACUCGUCGCAUCAGCCCGAGUCACUGGAUUGGUUCAAUGUGCUCAUUGCGCAGACAAUCGCGCAGUAUAGGCAAACGGCCUAUUCUCUCAAGGACUCGCCCACUUCAUCGAUCCUUAGCUCCCUAACCGCGGCCAUGAAUAACCCGGAGAAGAAACCAUCCUUCAUUGACAAGAUCAAUGUCACCGAUAUCUCGCUAGGAGAAGAAUUCCCCAUCUUCAGCAACUGCCGCAUCAUCGCGGUUGAUGAUCCUAUGUCGGACGGCGGACGGCUACAGGCGUUACUGGAUGUCGACCUGAGCGACGACAACCUUUCCAUUGCCGUUGAGACAUCCAUGGUUCUGAACUACCCGAAACCACGCUCUGCCAUUCUGCCAGUAGCAUUAUCAGUAUCUGUCGUGAGAUUCUCUGGAACGCUUUGCAUAUCCUUGAUCCCGGCAUCGACAGAACCACCAGAAUCACUUCAAACUCCUGCCGGAUCACCGCCACCCCCGACGUCAGAUCCUGGUUCCGGAGAGCGCACAUCUUCACAAGACAGUCUCCCACCCAAAAGCAGUCCGAAAAGCAACGUGGCAUUCUCCUUCCUCCCAGACUACCGCCUAGACCUGUCCGUCCGCUCACUCAUUGGAUCCCGCAGCCGACUUCAGGAUGUACCAAAGAUCGCUCAGCUCGUCGAGGCGCGAGUUCACGCGUGGUUUGAAGAGCGUGUGGUCGAGCCCCGAGUCCAAGUCGUUGGACUUCCAGACUUGUGGCCGCGCAUGGGCCGGACGGGCGUUCGAACAGGCGAGGACUCGGAUGCCGGAUCCACAGCCCCACCCCGCAGCGCAGGCUCUACGGAGGCCUCAGGGCCACCUCGAUUCUCCGAUGACCAUAGUCGGGAACCGGAAGGAAUACGGUUCCGUGGGCCCCUAGAUGCGCGACUAGGGCUUGGUGCUGGCUCGCGCACGAGCAGCUUCAACAUCGAUAUGGGCGGCUUGCGCAGCUCGAGCAUGACCCGGCACCACAGUAACGGUGCUACAAGUGACCAUUUUGACAUGCCUGGCGCUAUGCCGGCAAGGAGUCCUGUAGGCACGCCUGUCAUCCCAGACCGAUGA